AUGAGUUGGUGUCUGAGCCCCUCCCUGCCCCCGGGGAGGCAGACGGGACACGCCCAGAGACCAGCCCAGGCUGGGUCCCACAACGGCUCUGCCGCAAAGCAGGGACUUGCCCUCCCCUCCUCCCAUCUCUCCCUGUCCCAGGCCCAUCUCCCCUCCCCCAACCCUCCGCCCUUGCGCUGUUGCAGGUGGGAGCAGGUGGUGGAUCUGACGUACUCCCUGCGGCUCGGUGCCAAGCCCAAGGCCAUGGAGCCGGACGAGGCGGCGGUGCAGAAGCUCCGGGGCGUGCCCCCCACGUGGAGCUACGAGUGCGACGAGGACCUGGUGCGUUUCUUGUACGAUCACCUGGGGAAGGAGGACGAGAACCUGGGCAGCGUGAAGCAGUACGUGGAGAGCAUCGACGUCUCCUCCUACACGGAUGGCUGGGUCCCUGCUGUCGGGGGGGGUGAGCCGGUGUCCGAUUGUUCCCUUGCUGCUGUGGAAUGUGCUUGCGUGGCUUGUGCCUCGCACUCUUUUGGCCACUACUUUGGCUCAGGCCUGGCACCAGGCCUCUGCUGUGCAGCCUCCUGUUCCAGGCUCCCCUCCCCACCGUCCUGGAAAAGCAGAACGCAUGGACUGAAAGGGACCCUGUGGGCUGAACUCGGUUGCGUGGGGUCCCUACGUCGCCAUCCAAGGUUGGGUGACAAGUCGGUUGUUGGGCAGGGAGCUGAAUCCCCAGGGUCUAGCUCCAGCCGUUCACUUCUGCUCACUAGGCAGCACCACUUCUCUGGCCUGGGGAGAACGGAGGCUGGCGGGGGAAGGGGGGGGUCACGAGUGGGUAGCUCUGACACACACACUCACACACACAUCCCCCCGCGCUGUUGUUCCAGGAGCUACAUCGGCGACGUGUGUGUGCUGGAGGACAUGACGACGCACCUGCCCGUCAUCGAGAUCCGCAUCGUGGAGUGCAGAGAGGACGGGAUCGACGUCCGUCUCCGAGGGAUCAAGAUCAAGUCGUCCCGGCAGCGGGAGCUGGGGCUCAGCGCGGACACGUUCCAGCAGGCCAGCCUGGUGCGCUACCCCCGCCUGGAAGGGACGGACCCCGACCUGCUGUACCGCCGGGCCAUGGUCAUUCAGAGGUUUGUCAAGCUCCUGGACAGCGUCCUGCACCACAUCGUGCCGGCCUGGGACCACACGGUUGGCACGUUCAGCUGGCUCAAGCAAAUCAAGCAGUUCCUGCUGCUGUCGGAGCGGCGCACGGCGCUCAUCGCCCAGUGCCUCAAGGACUCCGAGACCAGCAAGCCCAACUUCAUGCCGCGUCUUUACAUCAACCGGCGCCUGGCGAUGGAGCAUCGCGACAACCCCGCCCUGGAGCCCAGCUGCAAGAACGCCGUCUUCACCCAGGUGCACGAGGGCCUCAAACCUUCCGACAAGUACGAGAAGCCCCUGGAUUACAGGUGGCCGCUGCGAUACGACCAGUGGUGGGAGUGCAAGUUCAUUGCCGAGGGCAUCAUCGACCAAGGAGGCGGGUUCCGGGACAGCCUGGCGGACAUGUCGGAGGAGCUGUGUCCCAGCUCGGCAGAGAGCCCCGUGCCGCUGCCCUUCUUCGUCCGCACUUCCAACCAGGGGAACAGCACGGGCGAGGCCAGGGACAUGUACAUCCCGAAUCCGUCCUGCAAGGAGUUUGCCAAGUACGAGUGGAUCGGGCAGCUCAUGGGAGCGGCGCUGCGGGGCAAGGAGUUCCUGGUGAGUCCUGCCGGGGGGGCCCUCGCUCAGGCACCCCGAAGCCGGGACCUGGGCUGGGGCAAGGACUCCCCCGCCGUGGACUCCGUCCUGGUGAAGCUCCUGGAGGUGAUGGAGGUGAUGGACCAGGAGACCUUUGAGUUCAAGUUCGGGAAGGAGCUGACCUACACCACGGUGCUCAGCGACCAGCGCAUGGUGGAGCUGAUCCCCAACGGCGGCAGCACCGUGGUGCGCUACGAGGACCGCCAGGAAUUCAUCCGCCUGGUGCAGAAGGCCCGGCUGGAGGAGAGCAAGGAGCAGAUCGCCGCGAUGCAGGCUGGGCUGCUCAGGGUGGUGCCCCAAGCCGUCCUCGACCUCCUCACCUGGCAGGAGCUGGAGAAGAAGGUCUGCGGGGACCCCGAGGUGACGGUGGACGCCCUGAAGAAGCUCACUCGGUUUGAGGACUUCGAGUCGUCGGACACCAGGGUCCAGUACUUCUGGGAGGCGCUCAGCAACUUCACCAACGGUGAGCCCCCCCUCCCCUACCGCCACGGCCCAGGGUGCCGGGUCUCUCCCCAGCCCGGCCCAUUGGCCUGGCUUCCCAAAGCAGGCUCGGAGACGACAGACGCGCUGCCCGAAUCCUCCACCUGCUCCAGCUCCCUCUACCUCCCCAACUACGCCACCGCCAAGGUGUGCGAGGAGAAGCUGCGCUACGCGGCCUACAACUGCGUGGCCAUUGACACGGACAUGAGCCCCUGGGAGGAGUGACGCUGAUGGUCCCAGGGACUGUUCUGCACUGAUUUCAAUGUGUGUGGUGAAUAAACCCCCGGUGUCGGCUUGGCUCCGGGGCAGGGCCAGAACCAGCCCGGCUCUCCGGGGCCUCGGCUU